AUGCAGCUUGGACUGUUUGUGGUGGUGGUUUUUCUAAGCUCGAUGGAUCUAACAGGCAGCAGCAAAGUGGUGAAGGGCAAGAGGCAAAGACGAAUCAGCACCGAGCUGAGUCAGGGCUGUGCCAGAGGCUGCGACCUGUGCUCUGAGUUCAAUGGGUGCCUGAGAUGUUCCCCCAAGCUCUUCAUUCUUCUGGAGAGGAAUGACAUUCGGCAAAUCGGGAUUUGCCUACCAUCUUGUCCACUGGGAUACUUUGGCCUUCGCAAUACCGACAUGAACAAGUGCAUCAAAUGCAAAAUCGAGAACUGUGAGUCCUGUUUCAGUCGAAACUUUUGCACAAAAUGUAAAGAAGGUUUGUAUUUGCACAAAGGGAGAUGUUAUGUCACAUGCCCCGAAGGCUACUCUGCUGCCAACGGCACCAUGGAGUGCAGCAGUCCUGCACAAUGUGAAAUGAGUGAGUGGGGGCCCUGGGGGCCCUGCUCCAAGAAGAGGAAGCUCUGUGGCUUCAAGAAGGGCAAUGAAGACCGAACGCGGCGGAUUCUGCAGGCUCCCUCCGGAGACGUGUCCCUGUGUCCUCCCACCACGGAGGUGCGGCGAUGCACUGUGCAGAAGAACCAGUGCCCCGAAGGGAAAAGGAAGAAAAAGGAAGAGCAAGGAAAGCAAGAUAACGCGAAUGGGAACAGGAAUCGGAAAGACACCAAAGAUGCUAAGUCUGGCACCAAGAGGAGGAAGAGCAAACAGAGAGGGGCCGCGGUCCCCACGACGUCUGCUAGCCCUGCCCAGUAG